AUGGAUUUUCAAAGGGCACAGCGAAUGUCCAUGCAAGGUGGUGGUGGUAUUGGUGGGCCCAUGGGAAUGUGGCAGAAUGCUAAUAUUAUGGAAGAGAUGAUGGACCCGAGUCGUGGAAAACGUAUGUCCACAAGAAAUUCCAUGCUAAUGGAAGAGAUGAUGGAACCGAGUCGUGGCAAACGUAUGUCCACAAGGAAUUCCAUGCUAACGGAAGAGAUGAUGGUGGAUCCCAGUCCUGGAAAACGUAUGUCCACCAGAAAUUCCAUGCGAAUGGAGGAAAUGGUACCAUUGCAGAGGCAGAUGUCAAAGGCGAAACGCGAUAUGCCCCAAAUACCGGAAGUAAAUCACAAAAAACACACCUGCACCGAUCUCCAUUGCCUGGUUAUAUUCGCCUGUUUCAUUGCGACUUGGUUCUUCAUUGCUCAUUACGCCAUAACGCGGGGUAAUUUGAAUAAUGUCGUCAUACCCGCCGAUUCGAAUAAUCGUAAAUGUGGCAUCGAUUCAGGGGUGACUAACAAACCCUAUUUGUAUUUUUUCGAUUUGGACAAGUGUUUGGAUCCUGAAGUCGCCCUGCAUGGCUGCAAAACAAAACAGGUGUGUGUCGACCAAUGUCCCCAGGAAUCCUUUGUGUGGGGUGAUCAUGUGCAGGACAGUGAAUUGGAACAUGUGAAACAGCUAUUGAUUUGUGAUGAUGAUGUGGAUAAGGGAAAACUGCGCAGUCGUCAGGACAUCAAUGCGACCAUUGCCCAGGGACGUUGUAGCGGACUGUAUGUGAAAAGUAGCAACAUCUUUAACCAUUGCCUUCCGAUUUCCAAUCAGGACCUUUGUCGUUUUCUACCCGAAUCCCUGAAAAAUCGUAGACGCCGCAGUGCUUCAGACAUUUUCGAUAGAUUCGUCGAAUUCCAAAAGCGAACAGCCGACCUGUGUCGUCAAAAUGACACAACUGCCGAUUUGCUGCUGAAGCAAAAGGUCCAACAAAGCCAGUCGAGUGUGACGAAAAUUAUUGCAGCAAUUAUUGCCAAGUUCGGCAGCAGUAACGACAUGGCAAAUAACGAACGUUUGGCCGAGGACAUCACCACGGAUCUGAAGUCAUCGUGGAAGGUGGUACUUAUGGCAUUUAUCAUUCACAUUGCAUUCGCAUUGGUUUUCAUCGCCCUCCUGCGUUGGCUUGCCAAGCCGUUGGUUUGGAUUUCGAUUGUGGGCGUUAUCCUGGGCCUCGUCCUGGGGCUUUACUAUAGCAUCAAGCAGUAUAAAUUCUAUAGCGCAUAUCCUCAAGCUCCGCAACACAAUCCCAAUCUAAUCGCGUCCCUAAAAAAUCUACUGCACAGUCAAGAGUUCUGGAAGUGGUUAUCGGUAUUUGUGGGGGCCGUUCUGCUCAUUGUCUUCCUCAUUGUAAUGGUACUGCGUAAACGGAUUUGUGUAGCUGUUGCCCUGAUAAAAGAGGCCAGCAAGGCCAUAACUUCGAUAAAAAGUUCCAUAUUUUUCCCCAUCUUUCCGGGUGUGCUGUACAUCUUGGUUUCUGUAAUGACCAUAAUAGUUCUGCUAUACUUGAAUUCGAUUGGCCGAAAAUCGUUUCGAUUAUUUACACAAUUGAAACCGAAUGCUAUCUACUUGCCCGAACAAUGCGAAUGCGGUGGACCUGCAAUCAGCUACGAAUUAGAUGAGCGCUGUGAACCUGAAACGUUCGAGAAAUUCUGUCACAUUUUGGGCACCAAUAAAAGCUGUGUGGAGACCGUUUGUCGGUUUGUCGAAAUUGAGAAGCAGCCAAAGAUUAUAUGGGCCAUCUAUUUUUGUGUGUUCACCUAUUUCUGGGUGACCUUUUUCAUCUCGGCCUAUGGUGAUAUGGUUCUGGCCUGCACCUUUUCCAUGUGGUAUUGGACCUUCGAUAAGAAGAAGAAUUUGGCAUCGACACCCCUGCUAAAGGCUAUCGGCAAUACCACCCUAUACCAUUUGGGAACAGUGGCGUUUGGUUCAUUGAUUUUGGCCACCUGCCGCAUGAUACGCUAUCUCCUGGAAAUGCUUGAGAAACGCCUGAAGAUGUACGAGAACAAGGUGACCGAAGCCUUGCUCUGCUGCAUGAAAUGCUUCUUUUGGCUAUUGGAGAAUUUCUUGCGUUUCCUAAAUCGUAAUGCUUACAUCACGUGUGCCAUUCACAGUACGAGUUUCUGCGCCAGUUCGCAACAGGCCUUCCGCCUAAUCACCCAGAAUAUUUUACGGAUGUAUGCCAUUGACAAGGUAUCCGAUUUUGUUUUCUUCCUAUCGAAAAUUUUGCUGACCUCGUUGACAUGUUGUGCCACGUAUGCGGUGUUGGUAACAUAUCCGAAUAUUUUUAUUAUUAACUAUCCAUUGGUUCCCAUCAGUUUGGUUAUUAUCUUGGGCUAUAUAAUGGCGGAAGUUAUAUUCAGCACCUAUGGUAUGGCUGUGGAUACGCUGUUCUUUUGCUUCUUGGAAGAUAUCAAUGAGAAUGAUGGAUCUGAGGAGAAGCCAUAUUAUAUGUCGAAGAAUUUAAAUCGUUUGAUGAAUUCGAAGAGAGCCAUGAGAAGGGUUAAAAAAUAA